GGUGGACUGCGCUUAUGUGGCGCGUGAUAUCGAGAGCCAAGAUGGUGUCUGAAAGGUCACAGUUUCAGUAAGGAGGGAUUAAAGGGCGGGACGUGUGCUUGUUUGGCUACGAGUAAUGAAUGGAGACGUGGUUGCUCCACUUACUGGCAAUACCUGGGAUUAGCAGCGGGAUAAAGAGCCAAAAUAAUGAGGGAUCCAGAAAUGGGUGGAGAAUCGAUUUGUUUAUUUAAAUCUGUAAAAAAGAGGCGAUUUUUCUUUGCCAGGAAUAACAGAUUCUGGUCGAUGAUGUGUUGUUUAGUUUGAUGUGAUGGCGGCCGAAUGCACACAAGAAGCGGUUUUAUGUUUUCUAACAGAGAGAGGAGGGAGAGUGAAGAACACGGAUUUAAUAAAGCACUUCGGAUCUUUCCUUUCCACUGACCCCGAGAGGAAAGCUGCGGUUAAAGGGACGUUUAAGAGCUUCGUCGACAGCGUGGCGGUGGUGCAAGUGGAAAACCGAGAGAAAUACGUGUGUCUGAGAAAAAGGUUCAGAGGGUCUGUGAGACGGCAGGAUGGCCGUGAUGGACCGGAGAGCGCCUCCAGACUCAGCGCUGCUGAUCCCCAUGACAACCGCCAUGACGACUGCAUCGCUGUCAAACCGGGCGUGUGUGAGAGCCAUGCGCUCAGCAGCACCGUCCCGUCACAGAACAAAGACGCAGAACAAGAAAUACCGCCUGCAUCGGUUUGCGCCGGCGCUGGUGCGCGCACACCUCCGAAAACCAGUCUGGAUGGAUCAGCUUUACGCGCAUUCACUACAGCCGUGAACACAACUGGGGAUAAAACGGAAAUGGGGAAUCAGCAUGCUGGGAAUACUGGCGCUGGGAACCACAACGGGUCUGUUGGGAUAUCAGAUACAACUCUGCAUGGUGAACAAACUACAGGAGAAUGUAUUCCAGAGAUCUCUGAAACUGAGCCGUCUCACCUACCGGCGACUGACGGAAGUAAGUUCAUCCAUCCUCCAUGUUUACCGACGCGUACUGAAGGCCGGAGCGAAGGCAGAGUUGAUCAGAGUCACUCAGAUAUAUCAGAGAGCGAGUCCGCUCCUACAGCACGUGAGGAAGUGACGGAAAGAGCAGGGAGUGGAUCAACACGUGUCGGUCUGGGCAGCGCGGAUGAGGGACGCAACACACCCAAAGGGAGUCGGAAGAGUUUUACUUCGCACCUGAUGAACAGCUCGCCGCAGAUACGACGCAGCCUGGUGCUGAGGCAGAGCCGACACGCAGCUAAGAACGACGGCGACUUGUGUGUAAACUCCGCGCACAUUGAGGAAGAGAGCGCCGCCGUGACGCUGGACCCCGUGGAGCACGAGUGGAUGAUGUGCGCCUGUGACGGCGAAUGGGAGAGCCUGCGUCGGCUGCUCAACAGCGAGCCAAGCCUCGUUUCCAGAAAAGACUUCGUGACCGGUUUCACGUGCAUACACUGGGCCGCCAAGCUGGGCAAGCACGAGCUGCUCGCAGAGAUUGUGAACUUCGCACGGCAACGCAACGUGGCGCUGGAUAUAAACACGCGCUCGAGCGCCGGCUACACACCUCUCCACCUGGCAGCCAUGCACAACCACACCGAGGUGAUCAAACUCCUGGUGGGCGCGUGUGACGCCGAUGUAGAGACGCGCGAUUACAGCGGCAAGAAGGCGAGCCAGUAUUUGCGCAGCGACGUCGCGAGAGACGUCCUCGACAUAGCUGGAGCCGACGCUACCUGCGAGGAGGUCGCGCUUGGGGACGACGCUGCUCGGUGGAAACUGCCCCGAGUUCUCCAAGCCAACCUCAGGCUGCUGAACCGCAGCGCGAGCGAAGACGACGACUGUGUCGGGGGGCUCACGAGAGACAGGCCACUUCGUCGGAAAUCGUCGUUUAACAAACUGAAGCCCAGACUGAGCAAAAUGCGCGCGGGGAUCACGCCGAUCGUUCACAGCACUUCUCACUUUGAGCGUCUCGAGGGAGCCACGGGUCAAGCGUCCGGCUCGUUUAGAUCCAGACCAAAAUCAAACCUAUUUGGGUGAUUCUGCAAGUGUGGGUUCGGUGGAUGUUAGACCUCUCAGACUUACAGACUGCUUACACUCUCUCUCUCUCUCUCUCACACACACACACACACACACACACACACACACACACACACACACACACACACUAAAAGUCGGGUAUGGAUUACCAGGAGUCAUGACAGACACAAGGGGUCCAGUACAUUAACCUGUCAGGGGGCCAAAUAUUCCUCAUUACUUACCUCCUACAAGCUGAACAUUCCAAGUACACAUAAAACACCAGUGUCUCUACCACCAGAAUCUGAGAUCCAGAUGAGUGCAAAAGUUUGCAUCUCCUUAGGUUUUUAUUAAUCGUAACAUUUGUUAAUUUAAUGCUGUGUUAAUCAAAUUUUAUAACAGUUAAGUCUUUAUCAGCACUUAGCACUUAUCAUCUUUUUUAUUUAUUUCAUUUACUUAAUUCAAGUGCCAAAAUAUUUAAGUUGUUCAAUGUUCAAACUCAUACAGUUUGCUGAAAGCAGACACUUUAAUAGUUUUACAAGACCUAAAAGAAUGCUUUUUAUUUUUAUUUUUACAGAGAUUGAAAAGUUCCUAAAAAUAUAUUCGACUCUACAAAUGGCAUCAUUCGAACCCAAAUGCACCAAAUAAGUGAAAAACCGUAGUGUGUUGGGGGAAAUGAGUAUAAUUCAAUGUAAAAAUUAGUCUAAAAAGCUUAAAAAAGCUAACUUGCUUCAAUCUUGCUGAUUUAUUCAUCAAUUUAGAAGAGAGGGAACACAAAUUUUUACAGUCGCAUAUACAUUUACAUUUACAGCAUUUGGCAGACGUUCUUAUCCAGAGCGACGUACAUAAGUGCUUAAAUCUCUAACAUUGAAUACAUUAAUACUGGCUCACUAGGCUACAUGCUUAAGAUACCAUGAGUUUAAAACGUUUGUUCAAAGUUACAAUGAAAAAAUGUCAAAGGUUGUGUGGUUUUUUGUUUGUUUGUUUUUGUGCAAAAGAUAAGGAAAGAAUGCUAGUUGAAGUGUUUCCUGAAUAAGUAGGUCUUCAACCACCGCUUGAAAAUAGCCAGUGACUCAGCUGUCUGGAACUCUAGAAAAAGUUAAAUCGACCACCUUGGUACCAGAACAGAGAAGAGUCUUGUAGUAUACUUGCCUCUUACCCUGAGAGAUGGUGGAACCAGUCGAGCAGUGCUGGUAGAUCGGAGGGUGCGUGGUGCAGUGCGAGGAGUGAUGAGGGCUUUGAGGUAAGAGGGAGCUGGUCCAUUUUUGGCUUUGUAGGCCAGCAUCAGUGUUUUGAAUCUGAUGCGUGCAGCUACCGGAAUAUAGAAUAUAUUAAAAACGAAGAUUAUGUUGUAGUAGGUUGGAGAUGAUGACACAUGGUGCUUGAAACAAAGCACAAAUUUUGAAUACUCUUGACUAUAAUCCUUUUUUAAACACUUUUAGGUAUACAUCAAAAUAUUAGCCCUGUCGUAAUGUAAAAAUUAUUACUUCGAGCACUUAUUAGACUUAAAUCUAAGCUCACCCUCCACUGAGCCUAAUCCCAGAUCUAAUAUCAGUUCUCUCCUUAAAUAUCGUACCUUAGUCUUUGGCAGCUGCUAACUCCAAACCUUUGUACUGCCAUAAAUAUGGUGAAAUGUGACCAUGUUGUUUUAUUUUUAUUUAACGUAAAGUACCUCAUGGAUGUGCCUGGGUUAAAAGGGAGGUUAAAAAUGGAAUGAUUUAACACCAGCAUUCGUUUAUGCAUAUGAAGUAAAGCACCUAAAAUGUAAACACCAGGCUUACCGGUCUGUAAGUGUAAGUGCUUUGUAUCAAUGACACUACAGUAUAUCCUUCCUGCUUAGUAUAAUUGUCAGAUUCAGUGCUUUACAUUUACCUGAACAUCGAAUGUGAUUUUUUUGCACUUUUCCCUAAGAGAGCAUUAAUCAUUAUGACAAACAAAACCCUUUUUUAAUCAUAGUUCAGUAGUUAUGUAACAUACUGGGUUAGGAAAAAAUUCCUCUGGGUUAAGACGUGAAAAGUCUUGCUAAGUGUUGGAGCAUGUCUGACGAUAUUAGCGUCAUUGUAGUCCCGCGUGAGCAAGCUCGAGCUCGUUCCCUCUUCACACACUGCUGACUCAGUGCUUAGUCAGAUCAGGAGGUUUACCACAUUGAAUUUGGGAAAAACAGCUCUUAAAGGAAUACAACCUUUUUUAUUGGUUGUUGUUGAUUUAAAGUUUAAUCAUUAUUCAGUAUAUCUGUAGCAUGCUAAUGAUUACUGCAUUUGAGCUUUUCAACGCUUCUUUGUAUUGAGGAUCAAUUAAAAAGUAGUUGUGAAGGAGGAAAAAGACAGUUUUGUAAAGUCUUUGAAGGCAUUCUUCAGUUUUAUUUCACGAAACUUUAAGACGUUUCUUCUACGUUCGUUCCGAACAUAAUCAUAAUAACAACGGUUUUGCAUUAAAAAUUAAUUACUUACUUUAUUUUUUAUUUUAUUAAUUUUUUAUCAUUAAUAAUGUAUCUACAGUUAUCUAUAAGAAGAAAUAAUUGUAAACGAAAUGUUUAACAUUUGGACGAUUCAAUUGAAAAUUUUGUAACAUUUUAUGUGAACGAUGUCUGAUUUUUGUAGAAAAGUGUAUUGUGAUCUAAUCAAUCACUCUCGAUAUUAUAAUUAUUAUAUUCUGUCAGGAUAUUGUUAAAUAUAACUACAUUUUAACGUAUUACUUUGUAGUUCGAUUAAAUUAGAUAAACAGCUUUCCUUAAUUUCUGUCUGAAAGCAAAAAACACUUUCUGACAGAAUUCAACAUUUGCCGCAGACUUUGUUUCUGUUUUGUUUUCCUUUGUAUUUCUGUUUCUCAUUUCGGGGAAACGUCUCAGUAUGAUUGCGUGUAGUAAUCACACAUACACUACAGAAGUAAUAGACAGAGAUCAGGUUGGGAGUGUUUCUUUAGGUUGGCUCAAAAUCCUCUCUUUCCCUUUGCUUUGGUUUGUUUGCAUGUUGCUGAAGGUUACGGUACAAAAAUCUCAUGUUGUUAUCAGAAAUAACCCUGUGUACAGAUCGUCCUGAUUCCGAGCUGGAUAUGUAAAGUAAAUUUGGGAAGCUGCUUAAUUUAUUUCAGA